AUGUCGUUCCAAGAUCGUGUACAGCACCAAAUCGCCCAGAUCGAUAAGGAACUCUCCAAGUAUCCGGUCCUCAAUAACCUCGAGAGACAGACGUCCGUUCCCAAGGUGUAUGCUUUCCUAGGCAUCGCUGGUAUCUACGUCUUCCUCGUUUUCUUCAACAUCGCCGGAGCUCUCCUCGUCAACAUCGCAGGAUUCGCCAUUCCCGGAUACUACUCUCUCAAUGCCCUCUUCACAUCCUCUACCGCUGAUGACACUCAGUACUGGGUCGUCUUCUCUCUAUUCAGCGUCGUUGAGAGUGCUAUCAGUGCUGCAUACUGGUUCCCAUUCUACUACCUAUUCAAGUUCUUCUUCGUCCUCUGGAUGGCCCUUCCGCAGACCAGUGGUGCCCAAAUCGUCUUCCACUCCUUCAUCCAACCCGUGUUCUCUCGCUACUUCCAGAGCGCACCCACCUCCGCCAACCUCAGAGCUCAAGCCGAGCAGGCCGCCAAGGAGCAUUCCUCUUGA